AAGUCAUAUUGGGCCUUGGACGAUACUGGAAAAGGGUAAACCCAAGCGAAUGGUCACAGCUCUCACUGUCGUAAUGCUUCCAAAGUUGUGUGUUGGGCGAUGGCAAAAGGAGCUGUCGUUACCCUAGAAAAAAAUUUCAAAAUGUCUAAAUGUGGUUGGUGUCUUCGCCGCUUUCUAUUCCCACUCCAUUGUCAACUCUGCUUUCAUAAUUUUUAUUUUGGAUUGAUAUUCUUUAUCGAGAUUAACCGUGUGACUACCAGAUGUAGACAUAAUCGGAUAGGAUUUCUCAAGAAAAACGCACUUGAAAGUAGGACAAAGGAAAGUUUUCACUAUUAGUGAUGGUGCUGACCAACUAGUGCGCCACAACACCUGUGAAUGCGCUUAUUCAACAGUGCAAUUAUAUACCUUUGCAAAGUACGACGAAAGUGUAUAAUCUUAAGAAUGUGAAGAGGAAAAAAGGGUAGGUGGUGAUAAAAGGUCGGUAAAAGAUCAAUACUUUGAUAAGGAUUUUUGGGUGGGGAAAAGUGUUUUAGUCUGCGUGGACAUGAAUCGUUACAUAAAUGUUUGCAUGUUGUAUUUUUUCUUAAGUUGAGAAUAGUUAUCAAGUAACUUGUCACGUUCUUUUUACUUUUAGAACUUCGCCUUGGUAUUCGAUGAAUUUUAAGAAUGAAAAAAUUCGAAUAUUCCCGCCAAAUCCUGCUUAUGCAGCCAUCUAUCGGGUAUGAUGUGCUGCAACCCAGAGACGUCUGCCAUCUAGCGCCUCGGGGAGCAGGUGGAUCAUUUUCUACGUUCAUUUUAGUUACUCAGGUUAUUGAUGUUUUAUUAUUUAACUAAUUUUAAUCAUUGAUAAAAGUACCAUUAAGUAUACCAGAAGUAGCAAAGGGGAUAUCCUUUGCGCGGAAAAGCUUGGUCUCCGCAUGUUAAAUUCCAUAGAUUAGGCGUUGUUAUUGUUUAGUACAAAUCGCCAGCAUGAUCCGUCAUAACUCCAUGCUAAAAACAUGGCAGUUUUUUGGCUGACAUUAGCGCCAUGCUACACUGGGGAAAAAGAUUUUAUCUGUUUUCCAUCCCUUUUUGAAAUCUCAGAAGCGUAAUUUGGGUGCCAUUUUUCAAUUUCUUCAUGGUACUUUUAUAAAGUAUACAAGGAGUAGUAACGCCUGCAAAACAACUUGAGCUACGCAUAUUGAACUCCAGAGAUGGCGUUUCCAAAUCGCCAGUACGCUCCUAUAUUUCAUCAUUUUAGCCGCCAGAGUGAAUUGCGAUCUUAUUAACAGAUGGCACUUUUCUAUGUAUCAAGACGUCAAGACAAUGUACUGGUGAUUUGGUACUGAGCCCAACGCCAUCUAUGGACCGCAACAUGCGGAGCUCUUCCGCGCAGAGGGCACUGCCGUUAUUACUCCUACUUCAUGCUACAACGUAAACAAAUUGCAGACGACAUUCAGUUAGUUUUUGGACAUGUGACCUAUGUUUCAAAUGAAACUAUCCCAGUGAAACAUUAGUGGCAAAUUUAAAUAAUUUUGUCAUCUCGGAAUUUAUUAUUGAAGUUUGGAACUGUUACAUCCACGUGUUAAAGAAUAAGUGGUCAGUUUUUUAGAAAUACGUUGAAAAAAGAAAAUUAUUCUCAUGUGCAAGCAUAAAUUUCGUACGGCAUAAUUUCAACAAGCCACUAGCCAAGAUCACCCCAGAAUAACCAAUGGUGGCAUAGGAAAGUCUAAUGCACUGACAAAGCUCAUCUUCCGUUUUGGUUUUACUACCAUGACACCAUCAUUUUUUAAUAUGCUGAGCAACUGGAAGCAACUUUGUUUAAGCUUUAGUCAUCAGUAUGUGUUAGCACAAAGAGCAUUUAUUAAUUCUCAUCACAAGUUCUCAACCCACAAUAUUGCAGAAAAAUUGGAUCGUUUACUUACCUUUAAAGAAAGAAGUUUUGAUUUCUUUCAGAAAAGUGAAAAAUAUAAAGAUAUGUGGGUUCCUUCCAACAAGAUGUUUAAUAUCCCUGGUGAUUGUGGAACAGAUGGUCAAGCCAACAAAACAAUGACUGAUCUGAUUAUAGACUUUUCUGUGCCUGAAACUGUGUCAAAUGAUUUGAAGAAUCCAUCAUGUUAUAGCUCGUUAAUAUCGGGACCAUCUCAAGAAAAGAGUGUUGCCCUCGUUCUGGAUCAUUGCACAGGGAAUGAGGCGCUGAUUAUGGCAAAUACGCUAUUUCGAAUUGUUGGAGAAAAUUUUAAGAAAGGGGCCUUUUACCGGUACCUGUUAUGCAAAGCAAAUCACUGGAUAAAGAAUUGCUCAUCUCAUCAAGAACUAGUCCUUUGGGCUUUCAUAUUUUCAUUGGAGAAGUCACAGCAGUCAAACGCUUGUUUUCGAUGCAUCUACGAACGUUUUAAAACGGAUGUUUCACUCUUCCAGUGCCUGAAUGCAUUUGAAAUGGGUAUCAUUUGCAAUGCUUGGUUUACAAGUAACAUUAUAGUUUCAGCAAAGCCAAUGCUUCGCGUUGUCGAGAACUUACUGCGAGAAGAAAUUUGCCUAUCACCAGGCGUCUUUAGCCAAGAGACGCUCUCGAUGCUUAAAGUGCUCCGGAAGGCAGGUUUCGGAACAGACCAUCUUUUUGAAUCUUUGAUGUCAUCAUUGUCGUCCCCAAAUGCUCGAAAUCUGAACCUAGCACAAGCAGCUCACGGUUUAGCACUUUUAGCUGACCGUCGCUGUCUGGUUGACGAAAGUAUUAUCCAGAACAUCACGCACCUCAUCAAAACCGCUGCUAAGAAACCAUUGCAGACGCCGUACAUGUUCAUGCACCCUUCUCGAGGAACGCGCAUUAAGGAUUUAACUCGCUUUUUGUGGACAGCCAGCUGCCUGAUUCCAACAAACGUAAUUUCUCAGGACAGAAUCGCGUCAGAAAUUAUCGACCAAGUGGACGCCGGUUGGAGAACAGGCAGUUUCCAACUAGACCAAGAUUGUCACUUACUUUCAGAUUUCUUCCUUUCACUAGCUUGCUGGAAAAUCUAUCCUCAACCUUUGAUUGACAAAAUCAUUGAUAGAAAUUUUAUCAAUGUCGUACUGAGACAGAGGCAGACGGUCCGGCAGUCACGCCUAGCUCUGUUCUUGGUGGCAGCACAGAUUGAAGCUCCACAUCUGCUGUUGGUGAAGGAAUUCUUACCAGAUAUUGCCUCUAAUUUACCUCCAUACAAGAUAGAAAAGGAGUUGGUAAAGCGUCCCCAACUUGCUCGUUUGGCCGGUGUGAUCGAUCGCUACCGAGAAGAAUUGGGAUGGGAAAACAUCCGUUGCUGUACAACAGUUCCACAUCUUAACUUGGCGGGUUUAACUUUCGAUUACGAAGGGAGGCAAGUUGCAGUUGAAGUGCUAGAUUCGUAUGUCUGCAUGCGUCACAGCAAUCGUCCGGAACGUUUACUGGCUCUCAAGAAUCGACUAUCACGAGAGCUUGGCUACAAAGUAAUUGAGUUGGAUGUUCAGCAGACAAACCGAAUGGAGCAAGAAGCUGAAGUGGAAGUUCACAGCUACAGCGACCAGCAAGUGACAAUGAUUAGAAAAUGCUUGGAAAAACUAUAUAUGUGACCUAGACAAAAUGCUAAUAUAUG